CAGCACCAUCUCUCCAGCUCCUCCACUGGAUAGAGCCUGAAGACUGACUCUUCCUAGGAAAAUCAUCUUGACUUGAUCCACUCGUGGUCUUCAGACAGGACCCUUGGAAGCUGGGCACCAUGGAGGAGCCUAUGUUCAGUGUCCAGCAAAUCCAACCCAACGUCAUUUCUGUCCGCCUCUUCAAGCGCAAAGUGGGAGGCCUGGGCUUCCUGGUGAAGGAGCGGGUCACCAAGCCCCCCGUGAUUAUUUCCGACCUGAUUCGAGGGGGUGCUGCGGAGCAGAGUGGCCUCAUCCAGGCUGGAGACAUCAUCCUGGCGGUCAACGGGCGGCCCUUGGUGGACCUGACCUAUGACAGUGCCCUGGAGGUGCUCAGGGGCGUUGCCUCCGAGACCCAUGUGGUCCUCAUUCUGAGGGGCCCUGAGGGCUUCACCACGCACCUGGAGACUACCUUCACUGGGGAUGGGACUCCCAAGACCAUCCGGGUAACACGGCCCCUGGGUCCCUCCACCAAAGCCGUCGAUCUGUCCCACCAGCCAUCAGCCAACAAAGAGAAGCCACUGGCAGUGGAUGGGGCCAUGGGUCCUGGGAAUGGGCCUCAGCGUGCCCAAGACAACAGACAGGAAGCCGACUCACUCUCCCACGCCAGUGGCCUGGCCCCCAGGCCCCUGAGCGAGGACCCUGCCAAGAAAAGUGCAGGUGCUGGCCUCCAAGGAGGUGGGGAGAACAAUGACCUGCUCAAGGAGAUAGAGCCUGUGCUCAACCUUCUCACCAGUGGGGGCAAAGGGAUCCACGGAGGAAGACCUGCCAAGGUGGAGACAAAAGACGCAGAAAUCCAGGUGGACAGAGACUUGGACGGCAAGUCACACAAGCCACUGCCCCUUGGCUUGGAGAACGACCGCGUCUUCAAUGACCUGUGGGGGAAUGGCAACGUGCCUGUCGUCCUCAACAACCCGUAUUCAGAGAAGGAGCAGCCCCCAGCCUCUGGAAAGCAGUCCCCCACAAAGAAUGGUAGCCCCUCCAAGUGUCCCCGCUUCCUCAAGGUCAAGAACUGGGAGACUGACGUGGUUCUCACUGACACCCUCCACCUUAAGAGCACUUUGGAAUCAGGAUGCUCUGAGCACAUCUGUAUGGGCUCUAUCAUGCUCCCUCCUCAGCAAAUACGAAAGCCUGAAGAAGUCCGCACGAAAGAACAGCUCUUCCCUCUCGCCAAAGAGUUUAUCGAUCAGUACUACUCGUCAAUUAAAAGAUUUGGCUCCAAAGCCCACAUGGACAGGCUGGAAGAAGUGAACAAAGAGAUUGAAACUACCAGCACAUAUCAGCUCAAGGACACGGAGCUCAUCUAUGGGGCCAAGCAUGCCUGGCGGAACGCCUCCCGCUGCGUCGGCAGGAUCCAGUGGUCCAAGCUGCAGGUAUUUGAUGCCCGAGACUGCACCACGGCUCACGGGAUGUACAACUACAUCUGCAACCACAUCAAGUACGCCACCAACAAAGGGAACCUCAGGUCUGCCAUCACCAUAUUCCCCCAGAGGACAGACGGCAAGCAUGACUUCAGAGUCUGGAACACCCAGCUCAUCCGCUAUGCAGGCUACAAGCAGCCUGAUGGCUCCAUCCUGGGGGACCCAGCCAAUGUGGAGUUCACAGAGAUCUGCAUACAGCAGGGCUGGAAGCCCCCCAGAGGCCGCUUCGAUGUCCUGCCACUCAUGCUCCAGGCCAAUGGCAACGACCCUGAGCUCUUCCAGAUUCCUCCAGAGCUGGUGCUGGAGGUGCCCAUCAGGCACCCCAAGUUUGAGUGGUUCAAGGACCUGGGGCUGAAGUGGUAUGGUGUCCCUGCCGUGUCCAACAUGCUCCUGGAGAUCGGCGGCCUGGAGUUCAGUGCCUGCCCCUUCAGCGGCUGGUACAUGGGCACAGAGAUCGGCGUCCGCGACUACUGUGACAAUUCACGCUACAACAUUCUGGAGGAAGUGGCCAAGAAGAUGAACUUGGACAUGAGGAAGACGUCCUCCCUAUGGAAGGACCAAGCUCUGGUGGAAAUCAACAUUGCUGUUCUCUACAGCUUCCAGAGUGACAAAGUGACCAUCGUCGACCAUCACUCUGCCACUGAGUCCUUCAUUAAGCACAUGGAGAAUGAGUACCGCUGCCGGGGGGGCUGCCCAGCUGACUGGGUGUGGAUUGUGCCCCCCAUGUCUGGCAGCAUCACCCCUGUCUUCCACCAGGAGAUGCUCAACUACCGGCUCACCCCCUGUUUCGAGUACCAGCCUGAUCCUUGGAACACCCAUGUCUGGAAAGGCACCAAUGGGACCCCCACAAAGCGGCGAGCCAUUGGCUUCAAGAAGCUGGCAGAAGCCGUCAAGUUCUCCGCCAAGCUGAUGGGGCAGGCAAUGGCCAAGAGGGUCAAAGCGACCAUCCUUUACGCCACAGAGACAGGCAAAUCGCAGGCCUAUGCCAAAUCCUUGUGUGAGAUCUUCAAACAUGCCUUUGAUGCCAAGGUGAUGUCCAUGGAAGAAUAUGACAUCGUGCACCUGGAACAUGAAACUCUGGUCCUGGUGGUUACCAGCACCUUUGGCAAUGGAGACCCCCCUGAGAAUGGGGAGAAAUUCGGCUGUGCUUUGAUGGAAAUGAGGCAUCCCAACUCUAUACAGGAAGAAAGAAAGAGCUACAAGGUUCGAUUCAACAGUGUCUCCUCCUUCUCAGACUCCCGCAAAUCACUGGGUGAUGGGCCCAACCUCAGAGACAACUUUGAGAGUGCCGGACCCCUAGCGAACGUGAGGUUUUCGGUGUUUGGCCUUGGCUCACGGGCAUACCCCCACUUCUGCGCCUUUGGACACGCUGUGGACACCCUCCUGGAGGAGCUAGGUGGGGAGAGGAUCCUGAAGAUGGGGGAAGGGGAUGAGCUCUGUGGGCAGGAAGAGGCUUUCAGGACCUGGGCCAAAAAGGUCUUCAAGGCAGCCUGUGAUGUGUUCUGUGUGGGGGACGAUGUCAACAUCGAGAAGGCCAACAACUCCCUCAUCAGCAAUGACCGCAGCUGGAAGAGGAACAAAUUCCGCCUCACCUAUGUGGCUGAGGCUCCAGAACUUACACAAGGUCUAUCCAGUGUCCACAAAAAGCGGGCCUCAGCCGCUCGACUCCUCAGCCGUCAAAACCUUCAGAGUCCUAAAUCCAGCCGAUCCACCAUCUUCGUGCGGCUCCACACCAAUGGGAAUCAGGAGCUGCAGUACCAGCCUGGGGACCACCUGGGCGUCUUCCCCGGCAACCACGAGGACCUGGUGAACGCCCUGAUUGAGCGGCUGGAGGACGCGCCCCCUGUCAACCAGCUGGUGAAGGUGGAGCUGCUGGAGGAGCGGAACACAGCUUUGGGAGUCAUCAGUAACUGGACAGAUGAGCACCGCCUCCCACCCUGCACCAUCUUCCAGGCCUUCAAGUACUACCUGGACAUCACCACGCCGCCAACGCCCUUGCAGCUGCAGCAGUUUGCCCCCCUGGCUACCAAUGAGAAGGAGAAGCAGCGUCUGCUGGUCCUCAGCAAGGGUUUGCAGGAGUAUGAAGAAUGGAAGUGGAGCAAGAACCCCACCAUCGUGGAGGUGCUGGAGGAGUUCUCGUCCAUCCAGAUGCCCGCCACUCUGCUCCUGACCCAGCUGUCCCUGCUGCAGCCGCGCUACUACUCCAUCAGCUCCUCCCCAGACAUGUACCCGGACGAGGUUCACCUCACUGUGGCCAUUGUCUCCUACCGCACCCGAGAUGGAGAAGGACCAAUUCACCAUGGUGUGUGCUCCUCCUGGCUCAACCAGAUACAGGCUGACGAAGUGGUCCCCUGUUUUGUGAGAGGAGCACCCAGCUUCCACCUUCCCCGAAAUCCCCAAGUACCCUGCAUCCUGGUUGGCCCGGGCACUGGCAUCGCCCCUUUCCGAAGCUUCUGGCAGCAGCGACAAUUUGAUAUCCAACACAAAGGAAUGAAUCCCUGCCCCAUGGUCCUGGUCUUCGGGUGUCGGCAAUCCAAGAUAGACCACAUCUACAAGGAAGAGACCCUACAGGCCAAGAACAAGGGUGUCUUCAGAGAACUGUAUACGGCCUAUUCCCGGGAGCCAGAGAAACCAAAGAAGUACGUGCAGGACAUCCUGCAAGAGCAACUGGCGGAGCCCGUGUACCGAGCCCUGAAGGAGCAAGGGGGCCACAUUUAUGUCUGCGGGGACGUCACCAUGGCUGCUGAUGUCCUCAAAGCCAUCCAGCGCAUCCUGACCCAGCAGGGGAAACUCUCGGUGGAGGACGCCGGCGUGUUCGUCAGUAGGCUGAGGGAUGACAACCGGUACCAUGAGGAUAUUUUUGGGGUCACCCUGCGGACAUAUGAAGUGACCAACCGCCUUAGAUCUGAGUCCAUUGCCUUCAUUGAAGAGAGCAAAAAAGAUACGGACGAGGUUUUCAGCUCCUAACUGGAUCCCUCUUGCCC